AAAUAGAACCAUAACCAUCACAAAAGAUGAAGCUCAGUGCAACAACUUCAUCUAUUUGUGUUGUUGUUGUGCUGUUGUUAACAAUUUCAUGCGAAGCAUCAGCUGAAGAUUUGUCUGACAGGUACCUUGAGUGCCUAAACCGUCACUCUCGUGACAUAUCCGCAUCUGUACACACCCCCAAAAACACGACCUUUGCAAAUAUCUUGCUUCAGUCUGUUAAUAAUUUGAGGUUUGCGAAGCCUGAUACGCCUAAACCCCUGGUUAUCAUUACGCCUGUGCGUGGAUCACAGAUCCAGAGUGUGAUUUACUGUUGCAGGAAGCACGGCAUUGAAAUGAGGAUUCGGAGUGGUGGUCAUAGUUUUGAGGGUCUUUCUUAUGUUUCCCCUGUCCCCUUUGUAGUACUUGAUCUGGUUGAGUUCAAAAAGUUUGAUUUUGAGGCUAAAAGCAAAACUGCGUGGGUUGAUUCAGGGUUGACGAAUGGAGAACUUUAUUACAGGAUUGGAGAGGCAAGUGAUAGGCUUGGAUUUCCGUCUGGCUUAUGGGGGAAUGUAGGGGUUGGGGGGAUUAUAAGUGGAGGGGGGUAUGGCAUGAUGAUGCGAAAAUAUGGGCUUGCUGCUGAUAAUGUCAUAGAUGCUCGUUUGAUCGAUGCCAAUGGGAGGAUUCUGGAUAGGAAAUCAAUGGGGGAGGAUUGGUUCUGGGCUAUUAGAGGAGGUGGUGGUGGAAGCUUUGGAGUUGUUCUUUCUUGGAAAGUAAAAUUGGUUCCUGUUCCUAAGACUGUGACUGUUUUUAAGGUCACAAGAAGUGUUGAACAAAAUUUGACUACAAUUUUCCAUCGAUACCAGUCUGUUGCACCUAAAUUCCCCAAAGAGCUGGAUAUCAGGGCAACUGGACAGAGUAUUGUGACCAAUUCUAGUCCGAGGUCGGAUAAAAAAACGAUGGUCAUGAGAUUUGAGUCCUUGUACCUAGGCGGAUUGGACAGAAUGCUACUUGUGAUGCAACAACACUUCCCAGAGCUUGGUUUGCUUAGAGAAGAUUGUUCCGAGGUUAGCUGGCUCCAGGCGAUGCUGUACUUUUCAGAAUUUGAUUUGCACAUGUCUCCUCAAAUACUGCUCAACAGAACAAUUCUACCCCGAACACCAUUCAAAGGAAGAUCCGACUACACUCAAGUCCCGAUUCCUGUACAAGGAUUGGAAGGCUUAUGGGAGAUGAUGUACAAAUUGCCCCCACGAAAAGGAACGUUACAGUUUACACCUUACGGAGGAAGAAUGGAUGAAAUUUCAGAGUCUGCUUUGCCAUUUCCUUACAGAUCCAGAACCUUGUACAAGUUUAACGUGUUAGUAGAUACUGAAACAGAUGAAGAAGCACGUCUGGAAUGGUUGAGAAGUUUGGCGAGGUACUUAACUCCUUACGUUACCAAGAAUCCAAGAAGCGCGUAUGUUAAUUAUGUUAAUCUGUGGAUGGGGACUAACAAUCUCAAAGGCACCACAAGCUACGAACAGGCAAGUAGAUGGGGAAAACGUUACUUCAAGAAUAAUUUUGACAGAUUGGUUCAAAUUAAGUCUGCGGUGGAUCCUGAUAACUUCUUCAGACACGAGCAAAGUAUCCCUCCUAUCACUUUAUAAAUCGAUCAAAAUUAGGAUCUUCAAUAAACUUGUAUCAGUCUUUUGUCAUUUUCUUUUUCUGUAUUUUUGUUAGCAAAGAGAAUAAAUUUACUAUAAUCUGUUUUAAAAUUUCAA